CUUACGCCAGACUCCAUUCACAAAUCACGUCAUUUUACGUGUUCUUCCACGUUAAGAUGCAGAAGACAGAACUGCUUUAAAAUCAGGUUUCCCGUCACUAGUUGCCACUGUUUUAGGAGCCGAAUAUUAGUACAUGUCUUACUGUGCUGGCUGGACGUGAUUUCAACAAAAUCCCACGUUUAAAACCAGUUAACACCGCUAAUGUUUAUGGGAGGAGAAGUCCAGCCGGCAGCAGCUGCAGACCUCCUCAAGAAGUUGAAGGUUUCAGUGGAAGAAGUGCUAUUUGGUUAAGAGUCCUGUUUCCAGUGUGUCUGUCUGGUGUCUCCCAGUCGACCAUGAUGUGGAAGAAAACGUUUCUGCUGCUGCUUCACAGCCUGGAAGCUGUAGUGGCGUCUCAGUGCUGGCAGGGGGCGACCUUCUCUGAGGUCGUGGUGUCCCCGGCGUUGGAGAGCAGCGGGAUUCUGCGGGUACCCGGCGUGGCGUCUCUGCCGCAGUGCGUGGCGGCGUGUUGCGACCUGCCGGGCUACGACCUGGCCUGGCUGUUCGAGGGCCGCUGCUACGUCCUGAGCUGCCAACAGAGGGAGAACUGCCAGCCCCGAGAGAGACCCGGCGCCGACUCCUUCCUUGCCUUCCUGCGGCGAGCGUCCCCGCAGACGCUGGUGCUGCAGUCGUUGGUGAGAGGAGCGCCGUACGGCGGCCGCUGGGGGGCCCUCUCACGCUCCUCUGAGGCCCCCGGGGACCUGGAGGCCCUGAAGGACCUCGCCCUUUUCGACGGGCCCCGGCAGGACUUCUCCGACCCCGGCGUGCUGGAUGGCGAGUAUCCAGAGGAGGAGAGGGGGGGGGAGAUGACGACCAAUCAGGGAAGAGAAAAGUUCAACCAAUCAGAGGCAGAGGAUGGUCCAGACAGCAGCGUGGACCAGAACAGAACCUCCUCUGUGGGGAACGCCAGUCUGGGAGACCAGGACAAAACCCAGAGACCCAGUGACCCUGCUGCUGCUGCAACUGAUUCAACAUCACCGACGCCGUUACUGCUACUGAAACCAACAACUGUCUCCACCCAACACGACUAUAUAAGGACUUCACUUCCCACCCCUGCCACGCCCUUUUGGCCCACCAGCGCGACCACACAGCCAGCUGCAGACCGACCCCUGAUGGUGUCCCCUGGUAACCCUGUAGAGAGGACGCCGCCCACCGUUAAACUUGAUGCUUCACCUUCCCCUGAACACACAACUGACCUGCUGAAGGAGCUCCAGUCAGCAGCUCCACCGACCUCCACCCUCCCCCCAGACAGAACCGUGACCUCUGACCCCAACACCACCCCAGCUCCCAGCACCAGCCCUCCUACCGGGACCAGGCCCUCUGCAGACUCUGUGUCAGAGGUCACAGGGUCAAACCGUGGCCCGGUGGCCAUUGUGGGUCCUGACAGGAAGUUGCUCCUCCCGGUGAGCAGCUUGUCACUGGACGGCGGCAGAAGCACCGACGACCGCGGCAUUGUCAGCUACCACUGGGACGCCGUCAGUGGUCCCCCGGGGUUAAAGAUGGAAGGAGCAGACCAGGCAGUAGCCACGGCGACGGGCCUUCGGGUGGGACGCUACACCUUCAGACUGACGGUUUGUGACCAGCAGGGGGCGACAGACAGAGCUUCACUGACCGUCAGGGUCCAGGAAGCCAGAAUUUUUCCUCCCGUUGCUCACGCCAGCGGCAGCCACACCCUCUCUCUGCCCAAUAGCUCCGUGGUCCUCCGGGGCUCCAUGACUGAAGGAGACCAGAACCAAGUCCAGUACAUGUGGGUCCGAGACAGCCAGAGUCCUGCUGCUGGGGAUGUGCUGUACGGCUCUGAGACUCAGGCCUCCCUCUACCUGGCAAACCUGGUGGAGGGAACCUACCUGUUCCAGCUGAGGGUGACUGACGCUCAAGGGCGUUCCAGCACAGCCACGGCCACCGUGGAGGUCCGACCAGAGCCCGGCGGAGGCGAGGAGGUGGAGCUGGAAAUGCUGGUGUCGGUGUCUCAGGUCAGCGUGGCUCAGAGGGACACGGUGGUCCGACAGCUCGCCGCUCUGAUCCACGUCCUCGAUGGCGACAUCCAGGUCCGAGCGCUGCAGGGACACUCACACCUCAGCACGGUGUUGCGGUUCUCGGUCUGGGGUCCCUCGGGGCCGAUCCCUGGCUCCAGGCUGGUGGGUCUACUGAGAAACCAGCUGCUCAGAGAGAAGAGCGACUACCUGCUGUUCAGAGUCCUGAGAGUCGACACCGUCGUGUGCCUGCUUCGCUGCUCGGGCCACGGUCAGUGUGAUCCAAUCACUAAGGACUGCACAUGUGACCCCUUCUGGACGGAGAACCUGAUUCGUCGAUAUCUCGGCGAUGGAGAGAGCAACUGUGAGUGGAGAGUUCUGUACGUCAUCCUGACCAGCUUCAUCCUCAUGGUCCUCAUCCUGUCCAUCAGCUGGACCUUCAUCUGCUGCUGCAAGAGGAGGAGACAGACCAAAGUGAGGAAGAAGACCAGAUACACCAUCCUGGACAACAUGGAUGAACAGGAGAGGGUGGAGCUCAGACCCAAAUUCAGUAUCAAACACCGCAGCACAGAGCACAACUCCAGUCUGAUGAUGUCAGAGUCGGAGCUGGACAGCGACCAGGACACCAUCUUCAGCCGGGACCGACCCGUCCGAAGCAGGAACCGAAUCAGCGCCCAUGCCGCCCGCAACGGAAACGCCUUCGGCUGACCGUCAGCUGACCUCCUGGUCUGACGUAGAUGGGACUCGCCUGGGAUGUUUGCACUCUGCCAGCCUCAAGUGGCUGCGGGAUAGAUUUAACUUCUGAAAGUUUGAAGGACUUCAUUACCCAGAAACCCAGUUUCUGUGAGGUCAGUAAAAUUAACCAGUGUCCCAUUUGAGGGUCAAACUCCUUCAAAAGGACAUGAGGACUUUAAGGCCCAGAGGACUAACCUGCAACGUCUUAGACAUAUCACGGAUAAUAUGGAGGAUUCUUUACAGUACAAUGGGACAACCUUAAACGCUUGUGUUGGCAUAUUCAGUCUUGAAAUGCAGACUUCUAAGUAAGAGAUUUAAAGGUGCAAUCUCAAAGA